GCUUCAGAAGGGAUCCAGGGAGUUCUGUACACCCCUUUGGUCUCUCUCGCGCUGUAGGGCCAUGCAUAAGAUGCGCCUCCUUUACAGCUCGCUGUCGCUGCUCUUCCCCAGAAGGGCGGCUGAACCCUGGUGCAAACGCAUCGCCCGCACGUGGGCAUUUAACACAACCGCGGCCCCAGCAGAUCUUAAUAGGUUUGUUGCUCGGACCAAAACUUGUGGGGAACUGCGCUCUGCCGAUGUAGGUCAGGAAGUUACUUUGUGUGGAUGGAUUCAGUAUCAGAGGCGGGGGCAGUUUCUGGUUUUGAGAGACUUCCAGGGACUCACCCAAAUUAUCAUUCCUCAAGAUGAGUCUGCUUCCCAUCUGAAGAAGGUCUUAUGCGAUGCUCCUGUUGAAUCUGUGGUGAUGGUGACUGGGACAGUUGUCUCCCGGCCUCCAGGACAGACAAACCCUAGAAUGCCCACUGGUGAGAUUGAAGUGAAGGUGAAAACGGCAGAAGUCCUCAAUUCCUGUAAGAAACUACCUUUUGAAAUGAAAGAUUUCGUCAAGAAAAACGAGGCCUUGCGAAUGCAAUAUCGAUAUCUAGACUUGCGCAGCGUCCAGCUGCAACAGAACCUACGAUUGAGAUCCCAGAUGGUGAUGAGAAUGCGGGAAUAUCUCUGUAACGGCUACGGGUUUGUGGAUGUAGAGACUCCAACACUGUUCAAGAAGACCCCUGGGGGUGCAAAGGAAUUCGUGGUGCCCUCACGGGAGCCUGGAAAAUUCUACUCACUACCUCAGAGUCCUCAGCAGUUUAAGCAGCUACUGAUGAUAGGAGGCUUGGACAGGUACUUUCAGGUUGCCCGCUGCUAUCGAGAUGAAGGUUCAAAGCCAGACAGGCAGCCUGAAUUCACUCAGAUCGAUAUUGAGAUGUCCUUUGUAGACCAAGCUGGUAUUCAGGCUCUAAUUGAGGGCUUGCUUCAGUAUUCCUGGCCUGAGGAAAAGGGGGCCCUUGAAGCACCCUUCCCUUCAAUCAGCUACAACGAAGCCCUGGCUGUCUAUGGGACUGAUAAGCCAGACACACGCUUUGGAAUGAAGAUUGUAGACGUCAGUGAUGUGUUCAGGAAUGUGGAAACUGAAUUUUUACAGAAAUUCCGCAAUGAGCCACACAGCACAGUUAAAGCCAUUUGUAUUCCCCAAGGAGCAAGACAUCUUCAGAAAAAAGACCUGGAGUCAUUAAAUGAACUAUCUAAAUCCCAGUUUAACCAGGAAAUAUCACACUGUAUUUUGAGCUCUGAUGGUAGCUUGAACUCUCGACUCAGUAGGUACCUAAACGAGGAGCAGAAAUUGGAACUCAUCAGAACAGUUCUGGCCAACAAAGAUGAUGUGGUCUUGGUGGCAGCUGGAGGACAUAAGAAAGUGUGUUCUGCAUUGGGAAAAUUGCGCCUAGAAAGCGCUGAUCUUCUGGAAGAAAGAGGCCUGCCGCUCCGUGACUCUUCUGCAUUUCACUUCUUGUGGGUGGUGGAUUUCCCACUCUUCCUCUUGAAAGAAGAAAACCCCAAUGAGUUGGAAUCUGCUCACCACCCUUUCACUGCCCCGCUCCCUUCUGAUGAACACCUCCUCUACACUGAGCCUGCAAAGGUUCGGGGUCAGCACUAUGACCUAGUGUUGAAUGGUAAUGAGAUUGGAGGCGGCUCGAUUCGAAUCCACAAUGCAAAGCAGCAGCGUUUCAUUCUCGAGACAGUGCUGAAGGAGGAUUCUGAGCUGCUUUUUCACCUGCUUGAAGCUCUGGAUUCUGGUGCACCUCCCCAUGGUGGAAUUGCAUUAGGACUCGACAGGCUGAUCUGCCUCAUUGUUGGGGCUCCAAGCAUUCGAGACGUCAUCGCCUUUCCCAAAUCCUUCAAAGGAAGAGACCUGAUGAGCAAUGCUCCGGAUUAUGUUGCCCCGGAAGAGCUGGAGCCAUAUCACGUCCAAGUUACGUGGCCUUCAGCAGAAGCCAAAGCCAGUGCUAACUGAUUAUAACUGUGUUCACUUCAGACUACGCUCCACUCCUUUUUACAGCUGGCCUGAGCUGGCUGCACAAUGGUCAUUCUGCCAGUUCUGAUAGUUGAAUCUGGAUUCAUUACUAGUAGGGAAGAUUUAUGGAUAUGGUAGUUGUUGAGGACUUUCACAUGGCACUGGAUUGUCAGGCUUAUAUUCUCAGAGACACAAACAUUUUGCAUUGUGAUCAAACUCAAUGGAUAUCCAGCAAGCAAGGGGGCUGCAGUUGGUUCAAGAACGAGUAACAUUGUUCAUAGAGCCCGUCUGGCAUGUAGCUGAUGCUUUGCCAGGUGUGUGGACUGGCAGACAGAAGUCUCUGUGUAUGUAAGACGUAAAAAUGUCAAUGAAGGAAGAAGAGAAUGAGCAUUUUUAUGCUGGCGUCCCCGAGGUGCAGAUACUAGGACUCAGAAGUUUUUAAAAGCUUGGUGAAUGCAGGCAAGGAACUUCCAAGCCACCAGCCUCUCCGCUAGACCAAAAAAGGAACACUAGAGGCAUAUUACAUUGCUUGCAGGUAUGUAAAAGCGUGAGUCAAAUCUAGCACUUUUUCAGAUUUCCAAAGGAACUAGCAGGAGGCCAAGGUGGCAUGAGCCUGAUCUCAGAAGCUAAGCAGGGGUGGUAAUUUGAUGGGGGAUUGCAGAGGAAGGCAAUGGCAAACCACCUUUGCUUCUCACUUGGCCUUGAAACCCCCUUGCUGGGGUCACCAUAACUCGGCACAUAAAUACGUAAAGGAGCUAGCAUAUUACAUGAUGUACAUGCACUAUUUCUGAAAUAACUAAUAGCACACUAGGUGUGUAGAAAAUGGUGUGAUGCCCUUGAGCCCUACA